CUCUUGUCUUACCGUUUAUUGAGACCAUGUACACUUUAUUAUUUUUAAUAUUGUUGGCUGUUCCAAUUUAUUCAGUCAACUUGCAGGUGCCAUUUUUCCUAGAUCACCACAAACUCCAAGAACAACAGAACACACUAAAACUGAAAACCAUAUACCACCAUGCCUCAGCUAAUGGACCCAUUCCCAAACUUUUUAGAAAACUAGACGUCGAUCAAGAAUUAUUGAGUGUCAAUCAACAGCAUAAACAUAUUUAUGAUAUAAAGAGCAAGCUUAGUAUGAUGGAUAGACCGUCUGCAGCAGACAGGGACGAUUUAUUAUUGGAGAUAAACAACUCGAGAGAUAAGCUGGUCAGAUGGAACACACUUACAUCAGAACAGCAAUACAGGGCAAUGCAUCUAGAAUCAACCAUAGGCGUUGUGCCUGAUGUUACACAUCGCCCUUCCGUUCUAUCUUUAGCCAUGAUGACAUAUAAUGCUUAUUUAGAUAUUGAUUUGAAUAACACUGAGUGGUAUGAUCUUGGCGCUGCUUGGCAUUUGAACAAAUCAUUUGGUUGGGAAACAGAUGGUAUUCGUGGUCAUAUAUUUGCCAGCGAAGACGAUUCUUUAAUUGUGGUCAGUAUAAAAGGCACAAGUGCUGGCCUAUGGACUGGUGGACCUACAGGAGAGAAGGAUAAGAUCAAUGACAAUAUGUUGUUCUCUUGUUGCUGUGCUCGGAUUAGUAGAGCGUGGACACCUGUCUGUAAUUGUUAUCAAGGCAACGAAUAUAGAUGUGAAAGUAAAUGCUUGGAAAAGAAUAUCUCACAGACUGAUCUAUAUUAUGAUAACGCACUAGCAAUAUUCAAUCAAGUGUAUAACCAGUACCCGAACAGUACGAUAUGGUUGACUGGACAUUCUUUAGGAGGAGCAGUAGCUAGUUUGGUGGGAAUCACGUUUGGUGUCCCAACGGUUACAUUUGAAGUACCAGGUGACAGAUUAGCCGCCGCAAGAUUACAUUUACCCCAUCCCCCUGGAGCCCGUUCACCCAUUUGGCAUUUUGGUCACACGGCGGAUCCGAUUUUUGUCGGUGUAUGCACUGGUCCUGUAAGUAGUUGCUGGUACGGAGGCUAUGCUAUGGAAACAAGAUGUCACACAGGCAAGGUCUGCGUGUGGGACACUGUUAAGGACAAAGGUUGGAGAGUGGAUAUUCGAUCUCAUCGAGUACGUGAUGUCAUUGAUGGCAUCUUGUUAAAGCCUGACGAAUUCCCUAUGCCAGUAUGUGAAGAAGAAAAAGAGUGCGAUGAUUGUGGAUUAUGGCAAUAUUUUGAUGAGAGAGAUCCUCCUCCUUUUAUUUCAAGUUCUACAGAGGGUCCCACCACAACUUCAAAGGAUAUUACAACAACAUCAGAGGAAAGCACCACUACGUCAGAGAAUGCUUCCACUACGACCUCAGAACACGCUACCACUACGACCACUGCGUCAUACCGAUUUUCAUUUUAAUUGUAUCUAUUUUAGAUUUGCGAAUAACAAAUAUGUAUGCAAACCUGAAGAAAAAAAGGUCUUUCUUUUCUUUUUUCUUUUUUUAUAUAUUUGUAUAUUUAUCUACCUUU